CAAAGGUGCAGAUUCGUUGACAGUUUCGAUCUGUCACUGGUUUGGGUGGUCCACAUUCAAGUACCCUUUCCGGCACACUAAAUUAAUGGCGUGACCUUUGUGUAUCGUCGUAAAAUUAAUGAUGCGCUUAACAUUCGCCGCCAAAUUCCUGUGUAAUCGUCAUUAAAAAAGACACUGGUUCUGGAACAUCGGGUGUGAUUCCAUCGAACGAUGGCCGAAAACCAUGGCUGUCGAAAGCUCCUUAAAUUCUAGGAAUGAAAGAAUCUACAUCCAGGUCCUCGUUCACCAUAUAAAUUUAUCAUCUCACAAGAUCCACGACGAAGGAACUUCCUUCUUGUGCGUCCGUGCCGAAUUCAUCGACCUUCCAUCUGCUGAAAUCAGACAAGGGGAAUUUGUCUCCGCCAAGAAGGCGAAAGAUGACUCACACCCUGGGAAAAACUGCAUCGAAUUCAACUCAGAGUUUAAAAUCAGAACCUAAAAUGUCGUCAAGAAUGCCAGAGAGGGACCUUCCGAUCAUAGAAGCUCCGAAACGUCCGCCAACGGCCAAAAUGGGUGAUCCUGAAUUUGAAAAUCUGACAUGUGCUGAAAAAUUAAAUGAUAGUAGUUAUCGAAGCUCGAUUUAUAGGACUUAUCCCAAUGAGCCAACAUGUAGAUGUGGAAAUGGAUAUUCCAAAAAAUCUUCUAAUGAGUCUUUUUAUCCUGGUGGCUGCACAAAUCGAAGUUGCUCUAGUAAAAUAAAAUCAGAGAAGAAAAAUGGUUGUGCAAGUUCUGUUGUUCGAAGUAAAAGAUUAAGAGGGGGGGGUGAAGGAUUGGGAAAUUUGGAAAGUAUUUACAAAAUAGGAAAUUUGGAUUCUAACAUCAUGCGUAAUAAUAGUUUCGACAGAAGAUGCCAUUGUAUAUACGAUAGUGGAAUUAACAUUGGACACAACACAUCCAAUAUGAAAUUUCGAUUAGGAGGAGGAGGAGAGGAAAAACCAACUUUCAGCAACCAAAAUAUGGAUUCAAACAUUCCAGAAACAAUGCAAAAGAAUGGUUCUUGUUGUUGUCCAGACAAAGAGGUUCUAAACUCAGUAAUGCAAAGAAGAAGCGAUCAACAAGCUAUAAAGAAACCUUGCCUAGGAGUCGAUUGUCUCAUAAAAGCAUUUAAUGAAGCCCAAAAAUUUGUGGAUUCUAUAGGAAAGGUUUCAGGGCUCGCAGGUCUUGGUUUGAUGGAUCCAUCUGAAAGUCCCUAUUUUGGUAGAAAGAAUGAAGAUGAUGAAGUUGUUAAAAAGGAGUCAAAAACAAAUAAUUUAGCACCUGCGCCUACUAUUCGUCAUAAAAUUAAUCGCAAUUGUAUCGGUGUUUGUGACACAAAACGCUCAAACAAUACAUCAAUGUUCUCAGGGAGAGUGGGUCUGAUUAGAGAAGUUAUUCCAGAUUUUCCUACUUCCAGUGGUUCUGUGGUUCCUGGAGCAAAAGUGAAGAAAAAAGAUGAGAAAUUGGAAAAGCAAAAAGGAGGGGCAACUUCUUUAGUAGGUUUAGAAGAAAGUGGCCCUUGUGGAGGUCCGAAAUGUAGAUCAAAGAGAAAAAAAAUUAAUAUUGACGCGGAAGUAAAUAGUAUUCUGAAAGUCUCUUCUAAACAGAAAGUUAAGGAGAAAAAAUCCAAGAUUUAUGAUAAAUUUGAUAAACGAAAGAACAAGUAUAUUUUUGGACCAAGUGCAGAUCGAAAUGGUUUAAAGUUGUCAGAGAAUAUAGGACAAAAAAUGAGCAAAUUUGUUUAUUCAGCUUGUGAUAUUUAUCCAGGAUUGAGCUGUGGACAUAAAUCUUGUGUUGAAUCAGUUUCUAGAGUUCCGCCGAAUAUGGGAUGGAUGUGGCGUCCAGAAAUUCCGUUGGGUAGAUUAAAACCACGCAUUGGAUGGAAGCCCGGAGCAAUCAACGCUCGACUGCGUCAAGUUCUCCGUGAAGUGAAAGCAAAUUUCUGGCAACGUGAAAGAUCUCAUGGAAGACCCAAAUCUGUUCCUUCGGGAAGCAGAAGAGGAACUGCGACAAGAAGAAAAAGGAGUUUCAGUUCAGUUAGGAAAGAACAAAUAGAAACACCAGAAAUCCCUGAAGAAGAGUGGAAAGAACCUCCACCAACGCUGCAUAUUCACAGAAAGGAUGGAGUCUAUUAUGUCACAAUGUACCCAAUAAAACAAGAUACGAUGGUUGUUCCAAAGUUAGAAGAACCAACUAAGCCACUUCAAUUCAAAAUAGUAAAAAACAGAGGCGAUGCUUCCGAUCUCUCCAGUUCCACUGCCUCGGAUAUGGAAAUCGAAUUUUCACCACCUGCUGCGGUUAAUAGAUAUCGCAAGAAGCCUGAUGUUAUUCAUAUUGAAACUCAAGUUAAGCAACAGGAAAUAUUGGAUGCUUAUAAACCACCCGGAUCUAAAAAAAAUGAGAAAAAGUCCGGAAAGGAAAAGAAGACUAAGAAAUAGAGAAAGAAUGGUGAACAAAGAGCGAAAAAUAGUAAAUUCGUAGAGUAAAAUUAAGAGGUUUAUGCAUGAUGAAUUUAAUUCAUGUUAAAAAUCAGAACGGCGUGAUUGUCCGUAAAUUUUCAUUUGCCUUUAUGGUAGUAAAAAAUAAACAUGAUAAAAAUAUUGAGAAUUAGAAAAACAUUCAAUUAUCAGAUACAUUUUCUGCAGGUUAUUAAACAGUUUUCCUUAAAUUAAAUUGCCCUGCAAAAACAAAAGAUAACUUUUAUUCUGUUAAAGUUCUACCUUCAAGCUUUCAAAAUUGAACAUAUUUAAUUCCUCUAGUCAUAUUCAGUAUCAUGUAGCUACAAAUGAUUUGUCGUUUAAAAUGUAACAGUUUAUGUGUGAAAUGGACUAAAAAUAAAAAAUAUUUAAAUUUUCCUGACAACAAUGUUAAAUGAAUUUGUAAAUUUAAAUUUAGAAAAUCAAAACGUUAAAAACUAUUACAGAAGUGUGCAAUGUUAAGUCAAGAGAAUUCAUACUACUUCUAGAAUUAAAAGAGAUUUAAAAGCAUAGCGUUCUA